CAUGAUGCUACAUUCUAUAGUCAUUUGUAUGAUAUGUUUGACUUUUGCUCAAGUUAAUGGAGAGUUAGACAACAACAACAGUUUACAAAAAGUUGUUAAAACUUCUGAGGAAAAUCCAGCCUUCUCUGUUUCACUCAAAGAAUCUGGAAAUUUUGGAAAUGCCAAAGUUAAAUGGACAAGUGUUGACAUCAAUCAUCAAAACCUAUUUAAUACAUUAGACAAUAGUCUUGAAAUAACUAAAACUGGAAUAUAUUACUUGACUAUGACAAUGACUCUAUCAAAAACUUCUAGAGCGUCAUUUUCUCUAGAGAAAACUGGUAGAAGGUCUGGAAUGACAACAUAUAAUCAAGUCGAUGGAAGAGAGUCAAUUAAUAAGCGCAGUCUUCAUUUGCUAACUUCAUUAAACAGGCCUUAUGUUAAACAAGUUUUUACUACAUCUGGUUUGGUUGGUGGAAAUAAUAGAGAAACGGCAUGGGCUGGCUUUCACUACGACACUGAUCAUUAUUUCUUUGGAGCACGUGACGAAGAGUGGGAAGAUCAAAGUGUUAUUCCAUUGCCAAUAACUAUGGCUUUGAGAGGAUUUCAGAAGCAUGGAAACAAAUUGAAUGUACUCAGCACGGGUCUUUACUUUAUUGGUUUCAGUUCGGCUUUCAAUGCCCUGGCAGAGUCAAGAUUAACCAUUAGAAGUAGUGAAAGUUCAUUGAGGCAUUCUAUAAGAAUUCACCAUAUAACCCGACAUCCGAUUAUUUCUUCAAUGAGUCUUUUGGCAAAUUUACAGGCAGGAGAAGAUAUUGAACUACAGCUGGGCUCUGGUAGUUUAUAUUCAGAUACUGAUUUGCAAACUUCUCUAACUCUCUUUAAGCUAGAUUCGAAUAAAUCUUAUUUUUACAGUAAAGGAGAAAAGGGUUCAACUUGUAAGCCAGAUUCAAUCAAUUUUGGUUCAGUAAAAUUCGAUUCAGACAAUUCUUGGAUUCCAAGUGAUCAAACCUAUGUUGCUCCAAAGAAUGGAACUUAUUUCAUUUCUGUAAAUCUAUCUUUCUUUAGGAAAAGAGAAUCGGAAGAAGCCUACAUUGAAGUGAAUGGAGUGAAGAAGACAACACUCUACAAACAUACAUUUUACAUUAUUAAAGAGACUCCUGCAAUGGGUGAAGUAUUAUUAAAAAUGAAUAAAGGUGAUAAAUUGAGAGUCGUCAAUAGAGGAUGCGAAGCAGUUAUUACAAUCAAUAUUCAUAAGCAAUUGAAAGCUUUUUUUGGUAGUACAACACUUAGCAUUAGCUCUGUAAGAAAGUGGGUUAGACAAUUUAAAGGAGGAAGAACAAAUAUUCUUGAUGAAGACAGACCAGGAUGCCUAAAAACAGCCAGUAACAAUGAAAAUAAGGACAGAGUUAUUGCUCUAAUCAAAGAUAAUAGAAGAAUAAGCCAGGCUGAGAUAUUCAAACAUUGA